AUGGAAUAUUAUUCAUCCUUAGAUGCGUCUCAGUUAGAUUCUGAAAGACCAACAUUAUUUGAACUAAUAUCGGCAAAUCAACUAGAGUCAUUAUUAUCACCGUCAUUACGGUACAUUUUGGUUCAUUAUGCCAGUAAAUAUCCUCGGUACUUGUUACAAGUGAACAACAAUUUUGAUGAACUCAAUUUAUUAUUACGAAGUUUUAUUGAAUGGUAUUUUUUAACCUAUUGGCAAGGAACAUUUACUGAGAAUUUUUAUGGUUUGAAAAGAGUUAGUCAAACCCCUCUUUCACAGGGGGAUUAUAAUUCUAGUCGUUUGACUCAAUUAGUACCUUCGAUGAUUGAGGAAAGAAGAAAAUUAUCUAAAUUACAAAAGUUAGUUUCAUUAUUCGAAGUUACUGGGGUAUCAUUUGUUUCUGAAAAACUAAAUUAUUGCUACGAAGUAUGGUACACCAAAUAUAUUACCAAUCAAUUGAAUACCAGUGAUACUUUAACAACAGAAGAAAAUGUGAAGAUAAAAAUAAAGCGUAAAUUUGUUGAGAUAUAUCCAUAUUUACAAAGUGCCUAUCGUGCAGCAAAUUUUAUUACCACAUUGUUAUACUUGAGUGGGUCUUCGAAGUCACCGACCUUAUUGACGUAUUUGUUUAGAAUCAAUUUCUCCCGUUUAAACCAAUAUGAUUAUUCCAAGAAUGAACCUAAACAACCAUUAAGUGAUUCCAAAAGACCAAAUAGAAUACAUCCACCAACAGCAAUUGAAUAUAUUUUAAGAUUGUUGAGUAAUAACAUUACCAAACCUUCUUGGAAGGUAAUCAAAUUUGUGUUAGGAACGUUUUUCCCAGUAGCUAUUUUCACAUUGAAAUUCCUUGAAUGGUGGAAUAAUUCAGAUUUUUCAUCGAAACUUUCCAAAAAUCUUGGUAAUGUUUUGGAUUUUACUUUGCCACCACCAUCUUCAUUAACUUUAGCCCUUAGAUCUUAUAAGAAAAACGAAGAUAAGAAAAACACCGAAACAGAAGUGAAACAACAAAAGAAAAAACAGUAUAAGUCAGGUAAAGUAUGUCCAUUGUGUAAAAAAGAGUUGACAAAUCCAGCAAUAAUUGAAACUGGAUACGUUUUUGACUAUAAGUGUAUUUAUAAUUAUUUGGAAAAAUCACAUAUAAUUGUAUCGAAGAAAGUGCAAACCAGACAGGAAGAAGAAGACGAAGACAUUUACUCUGAAGAUGAAAGUGAAGAUGAGAAUAUUGGACAUGAAAAGGAAGAACAAAAAGAGAAUAUUGUUAUCGAUAUUAACAAAGGUGGAAGAUGUCCGGUAACUGGUCGUAGAUUAUUAGGAUGCAAAUGGAAUCCUAUAAAGGAAGAAUGGGACAUUGAAGGUAUCAGAAGACUUAUAUUUUAG